GUCAAGUUGCCUAACCAUGGUUAACUCCGGGCAGGCCCUUUAAAAGCCUCGUCGGGGCUCUACCGUUUGCCCCACACAUCUCAAGCCCGUGUCGUCGUACGUGUGCACCGCCACCCCUGCUUCCUCACUACGCACGGAGUACGUACUAUGGCGACGCCGAACGGUUUGGCCCGGAUCGAGACGCACACGGAGAAGAAGAUGAAGAAGCACGAGAACGGGAUCUGCCACGACGACAGCUCGGCGCCGGUGCGGGCGCAGAACAUCGACGAGCUGCACUCGAUGCAGCGCAAGCGCUCGGCACCCACCACGCCCAUCAAGCAGCCCGACGGCGCCUCCCCCUUCGCCGCCGCACUCUCCGAGGAGGACCGCCGGAAGCAGCAGCUCCAGUCCAUCAGUGCAUCGUUGGCGUCGCUGACCCGUGAGACCGGGCCCAAGGUGGUCAGAGGCGAUCCUGCCAGGAAGGGCGAGGCCGCCGCCAAGCCCGCGCCGGUGGCCGCACCGCCGCCGCCGCAGCCCCACCACCACGUGGCCCCGACCAUCAGCGUCAGCGACAGCUCCCUCAAGUUCACCCAUGUCCUCUACAACCUCUCCCCCGGCGAGCUGUACGAGCAGGCGAUCAAGUACGAGAAAGGGUCGUUCAUCACGGCCACGGGAGCGCUGGCGACGCUGUCGGGCGCCAAGACCGGCCGCUCGCCCAGGGACAAGCGAAUCGUCAAGGACGAGGCCGCGGCGCAGGAGCUCUGGUGGGGCAAAGGCUCCCCUAACAUCGAGAUGGACGAGCACACUUUCCUCACCAACAGGGAGAGGGCCGUCGAUUACCUCAACUCCCUUGACAAGGUGUUUGUGAACGACCAGUUCCUGAACUGGGACCCGGAGAACCGCAUCAAAGUCCGCAUCAUCUCCGCCAGGGCGUACCACUCGCUCUUCAUGCACAACAUGUGUAUACGUCCGACGGAGGAGGAGCUGGAGGAGUUCGGCACGCCGGACUUCACGAUCUACAACGCGGGUCAGUUCCCCUGCAACCGGUACACGCACUACAUGACGUCGUCGACGAGCGUGGACAUCAACCUGGGACGGAGGGAGAUGGUCAUCCUCGGCACGCAGUACGCCGGGGAGAUGAAGAAGGGCCUCUUCGGCGUCAUGCACUACCUCAUGCCCAAGAGGAAAAUCCUCUCCCUCCACUCCGGUUGCAACAUGGGCCGGGACGGUGACGUCGCCCUCUUCUUUGGCCUCUCAGGAACUGGGAAGACGACACUGUCAACCGAUCACAAUAGGCUCCUGAUCGGCGACGACGAGCACUGCUGGAGUGACAAUGGUGUGUCCAACAUCGAGGGCGGUUGCUACGCCAAGUGCAUAGACCUCUCUCGUGAGAAAGAGCCUGAUAUUUGGAACGCCAUCAAGUUCGGAACCGUGCUGGAGAACGUUGUCUUCGAUGAGCACACCCGUGAAGUCGAUUACACCGAUAAAUCUGUCACCGAGAACACUCGUGCCGCUUACCCCAUCGAGUACAUCCCCAACGCGAAGAUCCCAUGCGUCGGGCCACACCCCAAGAACGUCAUCCUCUUGGCGUGCGACGCGUUCGGCGUCCUCCCACCCGUCAGCAAGCUCAACCUGGCUCAGACCAUGUACCACUUCAUCAGCGGCUACACUGCUCUCGUUGCCGGCACAGAAGACGGCAUCAAGGAGCCGCAGGCAACGUUCUCGGCUUGCUUCGGAGCCGCGUUCAUCAUGCUCCACCCGACCAAGUACGCCGCCAUGCUUGCCGAGAAGAUGCAGGCGUAUGGCGCCACCGGGUGGCUCGUCAACACCGGAUGGUCCGGUGGAAGGUACGGCGUUGGCAAGCGGAUCAAGCUGCCGUACACCAGGAAGAUCAUCGACGCCAUCCACUCCGGCGAGCUCCUCACCGCCAACUACCAGAAGACGGAGGUCUUCGGCCUGGAGAUCCCCACGGAGAUCGACGGCGUGCCGUCUGAAAUCCUUGACCCGAUCAACACCUGGACGGACAAGGCCGCGUACAGGGAGACGCUCCUGAAGCUGGCUGGCCUGUUUGGGAAGAACUUCGAGGUGUUCGCCAGCUACAAGAUCGGGGAAGACAGUGGCCUGACUGAGGAGAUCCUUGCUGCUGGACCCAAAAUCUGAUUUCACGUCGCAGAUAAAUAACGCCAUGCGUUCAGAAUAAAGUGGCAUGAUGAUGAUGACGAAAUUCGAGUACCAGUAGAGUCGGCUCCCUAUAUUUUUCAUGCGUAAUCUUAUGUACAGAUAUGUACUGUGCUUUCAGAACUGGAAUUCCAAACGGCCUGAUUUGAUCAUAUAUGAUUCAUGGGCACUUUUAUUAA